CUGAAAUAUACCGGGCCACUUACGUUCCUCGACCGUGAAUGGUGAAAGGCUGUCUAGUUGCUUUCGACAACUCACACCAACUAUUGGCGAAGUUGUGGAGGCUAGUCUGCGUUUCCGCUGUAUUCCUUCGGAAUUACAUGUUCCUUGCUGGAAUUGUGCUUGGUGAAGGGGAACAUAGACUAAUGCUCAAUACGUUUGAGGAUGCAUCAAGUUAUUGAAACGUAAGGUCACACUAUGCUGGAAAAGGUUGUCAGAACACCUUUGUCUGGUCGAGGUGUCCCUUAGUUGGCAAAAUGAUAUAGGAUGAGAAGGAC